UCUACAGAUUUGAGAGCACUUUAGCAUCGCCUCAGGGUGCUUCCAUCUUUCUUCAAUUGGCUCCAACAAGCAUCAUGAGGUUUCUAAGUAGUUUUACCACACCUUUUGAUGCCUCCAAAGAAGAAGUGUACCCACAAGGCCAGGAAGGCAGAGCUGAUUUUCCUUGAGAAACCACGGGCAGGACCCAUCCAUUGUUAUGAAGCUCCACUGCAUUUGGCUGAGAAUCCCAGACGUGUGCCUACAAAACCUGUAGACCUGAACACCUCUGCUGCCUGGGUAUGCCCACAAUUUGAUGCAACUAAGUCAGUGGUGUUGAAAGCAUGCCAGAAGAAACAUCGUGGUCCUCAGAAGCCCUAUAAUCAGGAUGCUAACCACAGUUCAUUUCAUGCAGGCGGAGCUUGCCAAGGAGCUGUGGCCUGCAGAUUUCCUCCUUUAACUUUUGAAAAUCCAGAAGGACAUGCAGUCCCUCUGUUGGAUGAUCCAAAUUGCUUGAGAAAGAAUGCACAGUGCUCUCCCAUCCAGCCUAGGAAAGGGACAGCAGCAAAUGCCAACAUCCAGGUGAAGAGCCCAGAGAACUGUGGAGAGCUUGCUGUGGAGCAAGAUGUCCUUAGUCCCUCAGAUGCAGAGGCUGCACAGGUUCCUUCUCCAAGGAAUGGGAGAUGCAGCAGCACUCUAUCACCAAGCAGUCAUGCCUGGCAUCCAGAAGAAGAGUUGCCAUUUGGUACUGAUCCGUGCGGGAGAGGGGAGGCGGCAGCAGUGCUGGUUACAGAUACCCCCGAGCACGAGUACGGAGUAAAGGUCACCUGGAGACGGCGGCCGCACGUCAUGAGGUACCUGCGGGAGCAAGGCAAGCUGAGCGCUGCGGACAUCCUGGUGAAGGCAAACCUCGAGCUCUCGAGGAGACAGGCCCACAGCUGACCCGGCGGGAGCAGCCACUCUGCUGCGUGCGAGGACACGCCCGAACAGAUGAUGUCCCUUCGGGGGCUGAAGAGGGACGCGAUUUCAGCCGGGCUUUCUACUGCGCCUGGCAGAGCCUCCGACAGACGCCGGGGCGGGCGCGGGGGCGGCUCUUGGCGA